AUGGGCGGACAAAAGACAGCUAUUUUGUCGGUAUACGACAAGACAGGUCUCUUGGACCUGGCCAAGGGCCUCCAUGACAAGGGCGUCAGACUGCUCGCUUCGGGCGGUACCGCAAAGAUGAUCCGCCAGGCCGGCUUCCCCGUCGAGGAUGUAUCCGCAAUUACCAAGGCUCCCGAGAUGCUUGGAGGUCGCGUCAAGACCCUUCACCCAGCUGUACAUGGAGGAAUUCUCGCAAGGAACCUCGACUCGGAUGACUCGGACCUAUCUGCGAACAGCAUCGAUAAGAUCGACUUCGUCGUCUGCAACCUCUACCCUUUCUCAGAGACCGUUGCCAGGAUCAACGUCACCAUCCCCGAGGCAGUGGAGGAGAUUGAUAUCGGUGGAGUGACCCUUCUCCGCGCCGCAGCAAAGAACCACGCUCGUGUCACCAUCGUCAGCGACCCCAAGGAUUACCAUGACUUCCUCGCCGAAUUGAAGGAGAGCGGCGAGCUGUCCGAGAAGAGCAGGCAGAAGUUUGCCCUGAAGGCGUUCGAGCAAACCGCUGCCUACGACGGCGCGAUCUCCGAUUUCUUCCGCAAGAAGUAUGCUGGAGAGGGCCAGCAGCAUCUGCCUCUCCGAUAUGGUGCCAACCCUCACCAGAAGCCCGCUGCCACUUUCGUCCAGGAGGGCGAAUUGCCAUUCAAGGUCCUCUGUGGCUCCCCCGGAUACAUCAAUCUGCUCGAUGCUCUCAAUGCCUGGCCGCUCGUUCAGGAGCUUAGCAAAGCUCUCAACUACCCCGCCGCCGCAAGCUUCAAGCACGUCUCCCCUGCCGGUGCUGCCAUCGGUGUCCCGCUCAGCGAGGAGGAGAGGAAAGUGUACAUGGUCGAUGACAUUGAAGGCAUUGAGAAGUCUGGUCUCGCCCAAGCUUAUGCUCGUGCCCGUGGAGCCGACCGCAUGUCCAGCUUCGGAGACGUUAUUGCUCUCUCCGAUGAGGUCGAUCUCCCUACCGCAAAGAUCAUCAGCCGUGAGGUCUCAGACGGUGUCAUCGCCCCCAAGUACACCGACGAGGCUCUGGAGAUCCUCAAGAAGAAGAAGGGUGGAAAGUACCUCGUCCUCCAGAUGGACCCCGACUUCGUGCCCGGCCCCGAGGAGACCAGGACCGUCUUCGGUAUCAACCUCCGACAGCACCGCAACGACGCCAAGAUCGUCCCUGCGGAGACCUUCAACACCAUCAUCACUCCCAAGAACUCCAGCCCUCUCCCAGAGGCUGCCCUCCGAGACUUGACUGUCGCCACCAUUGCGCUCAAGUACACCCAGUCCAACAGCGUCUGCUACGCACUCAACGGCCAGGUUGUUGGCCUUGGAGCCGGCCAGCAAUCACGCAUUCACUGCACCCGCCUCGCUGGCGACAAGGCCGACAACUGGUGGAUGCGCUUCCACGAGCGCACCCUGAACCUCACCUUCAAGAAGGGCACCAAGCGACCCUCCAAGUCCAACGUCAUCGACCUCCUCUGCAGCGGCCUCGUCCCAGAGUCCGGCAUCGAGCGCGAGGACUUCGAGUCCAACUUCGAGGAGGGCCAGGUCCCCAAGCCCUUCACCGCCGAGGAGCGCAAGGAGUGGCUCGGAAAGCUCAAGGGCGUCGCCGUCAGCUCUGACGCUUUCUUCCCCUUCAUCGACAACGUCUUCCGUACCGCGCGCUCCGGCGUUAGCUACAUUGCCGCCCCGACCGGCUCCCAGAACGAUGGCGCUGUCUUCGAGACCGCCGAGAAGUUGGGCAUCACCUUCGUCGAGCAGCACAUCCGUCUUUUCCACCACUAAAACUUUAGAAAGAAACCCCCCAGGCCCCAAGAGGGACCGAUUCCUCCUUGUCUGAUGAUGAUAACCCAUGAUUUCCAUUUGCUACUAAGAUGUUCUUGCAUGUAUUCGGUGUCCUUUGGGUCGGCUAUACCAAAAGCGGUCACUUUAUUAGAUGUCUAAAUAGUCAUUCAACAUGUCACUUCCACCCUGAUUUUUAAUGCUUGACCUCGUGAGCUAACAAUUCCAAAUUGUUCUAGAGUUAUCCCGACGGGAACGAUCCUAAUCCCUUGUGCGACGAGGAUUUGCGCGACGAUCGGUCAGAAAUAGCGAGGUUAAAGGUUUAGAGUAGGUGGGAAAGCACUACUUCACAUCCAAAGCAAUGAUCAAAGCACAAAUGGCCAGUUUUU